CGUCCCAAAUUUUCUUGGUUGACAAAUGUUUCUUAAUAGACAGUUCGAAUUUGAUACUAGUUUCAUAACUCCCAAUAUUUCUAUUUUGUGUUUCUAUGGCAGCCAUAAACACUAUUUUCCUAUUCUCCUUCUCCAUCGUCUUCUUCUCUGUUCAGUUUCAAAACUCCUCUGCUCAACCAUGGAUACAAGCUGGUUACUGGUACGCACAAAGCGAGUCGCCCAUACCUGACAUAAACUCAGUCUUGUUCACUCAUCUCAUAUGUGCUUCCGCCAAUGUAAACUCCACCACCUACCAUCUCUCGAUACCUUCCGCCGAUCAGCAGUACGUCUCCAGCUUCACCACCAUCGUAAAACGACGGAACCCUUCAAUCAAAACGCUUCUCUCCAUCUGGAACCGCCAAGCCGAGACCAAUAAAUCAAUAGUUGGUGAAAAGGGAAACAACUACUCUGUCUUGUCCGCCAUGUUAGAAAAACCUUCAAACAGAAGGUUUUUUAUUGACUCGUCUAUCAAAACAGCCCGACUCUAUGGAUUCGAAGGCCUGGACUUGCAUUGGCUGUAUCCCACAUCAGCUUCAGACAUGUCUAACAUUGGAAUUUUAUUAGACGAGUGGAGAGCAGCUGUGGACUCCGAGUCAAGGAGCUCAACUCAGUCGAAAUUGAUACUUACAAUGGCUCUUCAGUAUGUGCCUGAAUAUGUUAAAUCAUUGAGUUACCCUAUCGAGUCAUUGGUGAGAAAUUUAGACUGGGGUCAUGUUAGGGCGUAUGACUAUCAUUUGCCAUCCAAGGAGAAUGUUACUGGGGCUCAUGCUGCUCUUUAUGACCCUAAUAGUAAUAAAAACACAGAUUAUGGUAUAAGGGAAUGGUUAAGCAGAGGAUUUCCUUCUGAGAAACUGGUUUUGGGAUUGCCUUUUCAUGGUUAUGCAUGGACCCUGGUGAAUCCUAAAGUCAAUGGAGUUGGUUCACCGGCUUCUGGCAUGGCCAUGACACAAGAUGGUUCAAUGAGCUAUGAGUAUAUCAAGCGGCACACUCGGAGUUAUGGAGCUAAGAUAGUUUAUAAUGCUACUUAUGUUGUGAAUUAUUGUGUAAUAGGGGCGACUUGGAUUGGUUUUGAUGAUGUUGAAGCUAUCAAGACUAAGAUUUCUUAUGCCAAGGAGAAGAAGUUGCUUGGUUACAAUGUGUUUAUGGUCAUGAAUGAUGACAAUUGGAUGCUUUCUCGGGCAGCUCAUGGGGAAGAGAUUGAUCAAGAUAACAAGAGGAGGUUAUUACUAAUAAUCAUACUUCCAAUUGCUUUCAUUUUGGUUCUCCUAACCCUCAUAAUGUGCUACUUACCCCUACGAAAAUUACUGAAAUGGAAAGGAUUAGACUAUUUAUCUUCAUAUAGGAAUACUAAUACACCAGAAACUGAAAAUGUUGAAAGUGAUGCUCAAAAUCUGCAAGUGUUCAGUUUUUCUAAAAUCAAAGUAGCCACAAACAACUUCUCAAAUGACAACAAGCUUGGUGAAGGGGGUUUCGGCAUUGUUUACAAGGGGAUACUACCAAGAGGGCAGGAAAUUGCAGUAAAGAGACUAUCGAAGACAUCGACUCAAGGAGUUGAGGAAUUUGAAAAUGAAGUUACACUCACUGCAAGACUACAACAUGUUAAUCUAACAAGGGUACUGGGAUACUGCAUUCAGAGAGAAGAAAAGAUGUUGAUUUAUGAGUAUAUGCCAAACUAUAGCUUAGACUUCUACAUAUUUGAUCCUAUUAAACGACACCAAUUAGAUUGGGAAAAGAGGGUUCACAUUAUUGAAGGGAUAACUCAAGGGCUUCUAUAUCUCCAAGAAUACUCAAACUUCACCAUUAUACACCGCGAUUUGAAAUCUAGCAACGUUUUGUUGGACAAUGACAUGAAUCCUAAGAUAUCAGAUUUUGGAAUGGCUAAGCUCUUCAGAAAAGAUGUGCUUGAAGCAAACACAGACCGCAUUGUUGGAACAUACGGCUAUGUUCCUCCUGAAUAUGUAAAAAAGGGUACAUACUCCAUGAAGUAUGAUGUCUACAGCUUUGGAGUUCUACUUUUGCAAAUCAUAAGUGGAAAGAAGAGCACCUGUUACUAUGGACCAAGUGAAAAUUUGCAUCUUUUAGACUAUGCUUAUCAAACGUGGGAAGUUUGCAAAGGAGUGGAGUUUUUUGAUCAAUCACUAGACGAUUCUUCUUCGCGUUGUAAACUAUUUAAAUGCUUGCAAGUAGCCCUACUAUGUGUCCAAGAAAGUCCCAAGGAUAGGCCUACUAUGUUGGAAAUAUAUUCAAUGCUUAGAGAUGAAACCAAAGCCAUUGGUAUUCCUAGAAGACCAGCUUUCUCUAUGGAAAGUGGUGGAAGAGUAGAACACACAUCCACAUCCCAACAAACAAGUUGUUCGCCUAAUUGUUUGUCAAUUUCUGAUGUCAUACCACGAUGAUGGUCCAGGCUCUCAUGCCAGAAAAUAAUAUCACAGAAACUACUGUCGUUCCCCCCUACCCUGGUUGAGUUCAUAUAGACCCAAUUAUGCAUAGUUAGGUACUGUGGAAUAUAAUUUCAUUUUUGUAAAGUGAGUGAAAAUCAGAGAUUGAAAGAGUGUUGAGUCAGAGUGUGUGCAAGAGUGUUUUGGCUGUCAAGACAGAGGUUUUUGAAGCAACUCAUGUAGAGUUUUGUAGCGAGCUCUUGGUUGUAACUCAGUUUUUGCUGGCAUUGGAGAUUGUAUUUUUCUUGGUGAUCAUACCUAAGGAGGAAAAUGGAUGUAGGCUUGUUCUAUACAAGUCGAACCAGUAUAAUUUGUUUUAUAGAUUUUUUGUUCUGUUUUUUGUGCUUUA